CAAGUAGAGGGUGUCCCUUAGUUCCGAAGCGUAUCGUUGACCAUAGGACAACUGUGCGCCUAGGGCACUUCGCGCGUGGUCCUAGUUGGCCGACUCUAGAAAUAACAGCCCCAGGCUUUUCUUACGAAGCCUACACCCAUUUGCCCGCGGCUCGCCAGGUCCGUGCGGCCGCAGAGACUAGUGGGAAGGGUAGUGUUCUCGCGCCGGCGGUUCGCGGAGCCGGGGACCUUUGUCCCGAGCGCGGAGGAUUCUGGGAAUUGUCGCUUGGCCGUGGGCACUGCAGUGGGUCGGUCCUGCGGUAGCCUGAGGCCUGGGGGCGGCUCCCAGGCUCAGAAACGGUUCUGGGCAGUGUUGUUCCCGGAGGUCGGGAACGUUGCCCGCUCACCAGCGACGCAGCGCGUCAGGUCCGCGGAAGUGCGGACUCGGGGCGCCUGCGUGGACGGACACUGCCUAUCUCUAAGAGCCUGGAAAGAGGACUCUGCUGGCUGUUGGAAAUUGCGGAGUAAUGUCUCAAGUGACAUUUAGUGAUGUGGCUUUAGACUUCUCUCACGAAGAAUGGGGAUGGCUAGAUUCUGCUCAGAGGGACUUAUACAAGGAUGUGAUGGUCCAGAAUUAUGAGAACCUGGUCUCUCUAGGUCUUUCCAUUACUAAGCCACAUGUGAUCACAUUAUUGGAGGAUGGAAAAGAGCCCUGGAUGGUGGAGGAAAAACUGUCCAAAGGUGUGACUCCAGAUUGGGAAUCAAGAUGGACAAACAAGGAAUUAUCAUCAAAGAAGGAUCUUUAUGAUGAAGAUUCGUCCCAAACAGUAAUAAUACAAAAAGCUGUAAAACAAGGUUAUGAAUUUUCAAAUUCUAUGAAGAAUUUGGAAUAUAUAGAAUGCAACCCAUUUAGAAGCACCUAUUCUUCAAAGGUUACUGUUUCUGAACCACAAAAAAAUUCUGCUGAAGGGAAUUCACACAAAUAUAUAUUAAAGAAGAAUUUACCAAAAAAGUCAGUUGUAAAAAAUGAGAAAAUCAGUGGUGGAAAGAAACUUUUGAAUUCUAAUGAAAGUGGGGCAGCCUUCAACCAGAGCAAAUCUCUUACCCUUUCCCAGACUUGUGAUAGAGAGAAAAUCUAUACAUGCAGCGAAUGUGGGAAAGCCUUUGGCAAACAGUCAGUCCUCAAUCGCCACUGGAGAAUUCAUACAGGAGAGAAGCCCUAUGAAUGUCGUGAAUGUGGGAAGACUUUUAGCCAUGGCUCAUCCCUUACACGACAUCAGAUAAGCCAUAGUGGAGAGAAACCCUACAAAUGUAUUGAAUGUGGGAAGGCCUUUAGCCAUGGCUCAUCCCUUACUAACCAUCAGAGCACUCACACUGGAGAGAAACCAUAUGAAUGUAUGAACUGUGGAAAGUCUUUUAGUCGUGUUUCCCUUCUCGUUCAACAUCUAAGAAUUCACACCCAAGAAAAACGCUAUGAGUGUCGUAUAUGUGGAAAAGCUUUCAUUCAUAGUUCAUCUCUCAUUCACCAUCAGAAGAGCCAUACUGGAGAGAAGCCUUAUGAAUGCAGUGAAUGUGGGAAAGCUUUCUGCUGUAGCUCACACCUUACUCAACAUCAAAGAAUUCACACUAUAAAGAAAAAAUAUGAAUGCAACAAAUGUCUGAAAGUCUUUAGUAGCCUCUCAUUUCUUGUUCAGCAUCAGAGUAUUCAUACUGAGGAAAAACCCUUUGAAUGUCAGAAAUGCAGGAAAUCCUUUAACCAGCUUGACUCACUGAAUAUGCAUUUGAGAAAUCACAUUAGAUUGAAACCUUAUGAAUGCAGUAUAUGUGGGAAAGCCUUCAGUCGUAGGUCAUCCCUGCUUCAACAUCACAGAAUUCAUACUGGAGAGAAACCUUAUGAAUGUGUUAAAUGUAGGAAGACCUUCAAUUGUAGUUCAAACCUUACUGUCCAUCAGAGAAUUCAUACUGGAGAAAAGCCAUAUAAAUGUAGUGAGUGUGGGAAAGCUUUUAGCAAAGUCUCAAAUUGUACUGCCCAUCAAAGAAUACAUGAUGGAGAGAAACCCAGUACUGUGGUAAGUGUGGAAAAAUCUUUAGACCAUGUGAAUCACUAUACAUGUGAGAAAUCUUACAGAAGAGAAACUACAUGAAGCAGAAUUUGUCAUCGUAGAUUUCAUUCAUAGAUCCUCCCUUAUUUAACAUCAGGAAAAUUUAUACUGGGGAAAAACUGUAUGAAUGUAGUGAAUAUGGGAAGUCUUUUAGCAAUGAUGCAGACCCUUUUGUUUAUCAGAGUUUAUACUGUAGGAGAAUCAUAUGAAGACCAUAAAUGUGGGAAAGUGUUUGUCAGUAUUAAUCCCUUAAUUGACAUAAGUAUACUCACACUAGGAAAAAACCAUGUACAUAUAGCAAAUACAGAAAAGACUGUAGGCAAUAGGAAUCUCCUACAAACUCCUACAGGAGAGAAGCUGUGUGAAUGUAGAAAAUUUAGAAAUUGAGGGAAGUCUUCAGUUUCAAGAGCAUCCCUGGAAAGAAAUCUCAUAAGAGAUGUAGGAAAGUGUUCACUAAGAGUGCUUAUCUUGCUACACAUCACAUGAAUGGUAGAACAACCUGGGUGAUUUAGGAAUGACAUGUAAAUCUCUGCAGUGAUGCUAUUUGUAAACAGAAUUCUA